AAAAUCAUAUUUUUAAUAGUUUCAUAAUAGUGUGAGUAAUAAAUGUAUAGUCACACAAUUAUAUUCUACGCUUCUAUCUCUGUUCUGUAAUAACUUUAUCUUCCCUAGAUACAAAAUAUUGAGUAUAUAUAUAAAAGAGGGAAUGGCCUCGUGAAGAGGAAGAAGCUAGCUAGUGUUCAUGCAAAUUGCAUCUGAGGAAUAUAUGCUUAGAGAGAGAGAGAGAGAGAUCAAACCAGAAGAAAAAAAGUGACAGAGAAAGUAGGUUUCUUUGUCUGUCUCUGUCCUAAACUCAGGAACCCUAAUAUCUGAGUCUAUCAAGAAAGCUCCUAGUUUUUUCUUUUAUGCUCUUUUGAUUCUUCUGCAUAACCCUUUGAGGAAAGCUAGAGAAGAAGAAAGAUGAUGAGCCUAAGUGGAAGUAGUGGGAGAACAAUAGAGAGGCCUCCAUUUACACCAACACAAUGGCAAGAACUGGAGCAUCAAGCCCUAAUCUACAAAUACAUGGUCUCUGGUGUUCCUGUACCACCUGAGCUCAUCUUCUCCAUCAGAAGAAGCUUGGACUCUUCCUUGGUCUCUAGACUCCUCCCUCACCAAUCCCUUGGGUGGGGCUGUUACCAGAUGGGAUUUGGGAGAAAGCCAGAUCCAGAACCAGGAAGAUGCAGAAGAACAGAUGGUAAGAAAUGGAGAUGCUCAAGAGAAGCAUACCCAGAUUCAAAGUACUGUGAAAAACACAUGCACAGAGGAAGAAACCGUGCCAGGAAAACUCUAGAUCAGAAUCAGACAAGUGCUCCUUUAACAUCACCAUCUCUCUCUUUCCCAAACAACAACAACCCAAGCCCCACCUUGUCUUCCUCCUCUUCUUCCUCUACUUAUUCUGCUUCCUCUUCAUCUCCUUCGAUGGAUGCUUACAGUAGCAGCAAUAGGUUUGGUGUUGGUAGCAGUAGCAGUACUAGAGGUUACUUCAACAACCAUUCCCUUGAUUAUCCUUAUCCUUCUUCGUCACCUAAACAGCAACAGCAACAACAAGCUCUUCAUCAUGCUUCUGCUUUGUCACUUCAUCAAAACAGUUCCACUUCUCAGUUCAAUGUCUUAGCCUCUCCAACUGACCACAAAGACUUCAGAUAUUUUCAAGGGAUUGGGGAGAGAGUCGGAGUUGGGGAGAGAACUUUUUUUCCAGAAGCUUCGAGAAGCUUUCAAGAUUCUCCAUACCAUCACCAACAACCGUUAGCAACAGUGAUGAAUGAUCCGUACCACUGUAGUACUGAUCAUAAGGUUGAUCAUCAUCACGCAUACUCAUCCUCAUCAUCAUCUCAACAUCAUCAUGAUCAAGAAGAUCAUCAUCAUCGACAACAGCAGCAGCAACAAUGUUUCGUUUUGGGCGCCGACAUGUUCAACAAACCCACAAGAACUGUCCUCGGGAACACAUCGAGACAAGAUCACCGAAAUCAAGAAGAGGAGGAGAAAGAUUCGUCGAAGAAGUCUCUUCAUCAUUUCUUUGGUGAGGACUGGGCACAGAACAAGAACAGUUCAGAUUCUUGGCUUGACCUUUCUUCCCACUCAAGACUCGACACUGGUAGUUGAUUAAGGCCAGGUAGAAUCAAUGAUGGAUCUGCGCCAACACACACAAGUUUGAAAUGUUGAAGGGUCACAUUUCACAUCUAUUUCCGUGGAACAUUGAGACAAGACACUGUUUGCAGAAACCUAUAUGUAUACAUUUAUGUAUCUCUCUCUCUAUGUGUGUGUUAGGUCCAACAAGAAAAGUGUUCCGACAUAUAUUUGUGUGUGUUUCUCCGGCUACUAUUUUCUUCCAAGCUAUCGUUUUUUAUUUCACUGUAGCUGAAAGCAACAAAAGAAACAUGACUGUUGUUGUGAGGGGUAAUUGAUUUGUUUCUUAGGAUGCAAGCAUCUAUAAAACUGCU